CUGCGGGCAGAAGAGAGCAAAGAAGGGCAGCGCCAGGAGCACCGGGGGCCGGCAAGAAAGCGGAGGCGACAGGAAAGCGGGAGAGCGGCACAGACAGAAGCGCGUCGGGGAAAGGGCGAGUGAGCGUCUGCCUCCGUUUGCUCCUCCGGACCAUGGGCGCCUUCGUCUUCGGCGCAAGCUGGCUGGGUUUUCUCCUGUUGCUGCUCCUGCUGCUUCUGCUGCUGGUGGCCUCGCUCAGCGGGAGGACUAGGCGGCCUGAUGAACCUCCACUUGAUAGAGGUCACAUUCCUUGGCUUGGGCAUGCACUGGCAUUUGGUAAAGAUGCUGCCAAGUUCCUCUCUAAGAUGAAAGAGAAGCAUGGUGAUAUUUUCACAGUUCAAGUUGCAGGAAAAUUUGUAACCGUCUUAUUGGAUCCCCUUUCCUACGAAGUGGUUCUUUGGGAAUCAACUGCCAAGCUGGACUUUGGCCAAUAUGCACGUAUGUUAAUGAAACGAAUGUUUGAUGUGACGCUCCCGAAUUAUGAUUCUAAUGAGGAAAAGGCCAUGCUAAGACCAACUCUGAAGGACAAGAAUCUUCACAGCCUGACUAAGGCCAUGUGCCUUAACUUACAAACCGUUCUGCUUCCUGGACCUGAUGGAGCCAGUGGGCAGUGGAAAGAGGAAGGCCUGUUUCACCUCUCCUACAGCACUAUGUUCAGAGCUGGAUUCUUGACAUUGUAUGGAAAUGAAAGCAAGAAUUAUGAAGAUGUUAACUGUCAAGCUAAAGAUCGAGCUCAUUCGAUGGAAGUUUAUAAUGUAUAUUAUAAAUUAGACCGAUUUUUGAUGAAAGCUGCCCGGUCAACUUUAAGUGGAGUGGAAAAACAGAAAUUUUACAACACCAGGAAGGAUCUCUGGAAUUUAUUUUCUAUGGAAAGGCUGGACAGCCGAGCAAACCGAAGUGUUUGGUUGAACAUCUAUAAGGAACACUUGGUAGACCUUGGUGUGAAUGAAGAUAUGCAAACUAGAGCCAUGGUACUGCAACUCUGGAGUACUCAGAGUAAUGCUGGCCCAGCAGUUUUUUGGCUUCUCCUGUUUCUUUUAAAACAUCCUCCAGUCAUGGCAGCAAUUCAAGCUGAAAUGGAAAAACUAUUUAGAAACAGACGAUUAGCAACCAGGCCAAUUUGUGAGAUAAUCAACCAAGAUGUUUUGGAUAGCACACCCAUUUUUGACAGUGCUUUAAAUGAAAGCCUGCGUUUGUCAGCCGCUCCUUUUAUCAGCCGAGAGGUCCUUCAGGACAUGGCCCUGAGACUGGCAUCUGGCAGAGAGUACCACCUGAGGAAAGGAGAUAGGCUUUGCCUCUUCCCGUUCAUAAGCCCUCAGAGGGACCCUGAAAUCUAUGAGGAGCCAGAGAAGUUCAUAUAUGACCGGUUUCUCAAUUCAGAUGGCACAGAAAAAAAAGACUUCUAUAAAGGAGGACAAAGGCUCAAAUAUUACAAUAUGCCAUGGGGAGCAGGAAUAAAUGUCUGCAUUGGAAAGUUCUUUGCAGUUAAUAGCAUCAAACUAUGUGUUUUCCACCUCUUAAACUGUUUUGAUUUGGAACUGAUAGAUCCUGCUAAGGAGAUACCAGGCUUUGACACGGAGAGAUAUGGUUUUGGAAUGCUGCAGCCAGAAACGGAUGUCAGAAUACGAUAUAAAUUGAAAGACCAGUAAAGUGAUGGUCCAUUUCUCCAGUCAUUCUGUCAUUCUGUCUAGUGCAUAAUCUGCAAACAAACAAUGCUUGUUACCGUGUUUCCCAGAAAAUAAGACCCUGUCUUAAAUUUUUUUGAACCCUGAAAUAAGCGCUUGGUCUUAUUGCCAUGCGCUCAAAAGCCCAAUUGGGCUUAUUAUCAGGGGAUGUCUUAUUUUGGGGAAAACAGGGUAGUUACCAUUGGAAUUAAUUUUAGGGCUCCAUUACUAAAAUGGUAAUGAUUUGAUGGCAAAUAAGCCGCGGUUGCGCAGUGGUUAGAGUGCAGUACUGCAGGAUACUUCUGCUGAUCACCAGCUGCCAGCAGUUUGGCAGAUCGAAUCUCACCAGGCUCAAGGUUGACUCAGCCUUCCAUCCUUCCGAGGUCGGUAAAAUGAGGACCCAUAUUGUUGGGGGCAAUAUGCUGACUCUGUAAACCACUUAGAGAGGGUUUACAUAAAGCACUAUGAAGUCUAAGUGCUAUUGCUAUUGCUAAAUGUCUAAUAUUAGACCACAUUCUGCCUUUCAAUUUCCUGAAACUCUUCUCCCCUUGUAAAAGUGGCUUCAGUUUUUCUACCUCAUUCUCAGGAUGUUUCAGAAGUCAUGAAGAAAUUUGUUGUAAUAUAAGCUAUUGUGGGUGAGGCUGCUACUUUUUCAGUUUGACCUCUCUCCAUCACUCUGUAGCCUCUCAGGCUUACAAUGACUUCUCAUCUGAAAAAAGCCCCCUUGUGAAAAACAAGAGGUGUGUAUGUGUGUGUGUGUGUAGAUUGUAGGACGAAUACUUUACAAUGAAUUACAAGAAUACUUCAUUUCUCGUUGGGUACAAUCAUAAUGGAAUUAAUGCAAAACACCACAUUCCUUUUAUAUGGAUUUUAACUGAAAUUCCUUUCUGUGUUAAAAAAGAAAAGAAAAGAAAAGGCAGAAGCACUUGUUAUAAUCAGUUUGAAUUCAGAAAAAUAUUCUGGUCCAGCGCUUCAUCGGUCUUUUUCAACUAUGGUCGUCCAGACAUGGUGGCUGGGAAUUCUGAAAAUUGUAGUUAAAUGCAGCUGGAAAACAUCAUGUUAGAGAAGCUGAUUUAUGUUUAUCUAUGAAAGUGCAAUUUAUGCUAUUCUGCAAGUUGCUGAUAUUUUUGAUCAUAUCUUUGCAAACCAGUAUUUCUGGGAGGGGGGGAGAGAAGGGGAGAUGUUGAUGCAAAUAGACCAUUUCAAAUAAUACACGUGUGCAUAAUCCAUUUAGAUUGGCCUUUCUGUGAUUAGGAAGCCAACUAAAUUCUGAGUGAAUAAUAAAUAUGAAUAAAAAUAAUUUAUUGGAUUGAAAAGUAA